UGUCGGCCGAGUAUACAUGUAUCAAACAACCAAGGACUGUGACUUAACGCAAAAUCGCUCAAAACAAAGCUAUUUACACGAACAAUGAAUGUACCCAGCAACAUGAUGGCUUUACAGGUCGUUGUAUAACCUUGGAGUGACAAGGGAGGUCACUUUUGCGCAAAGACGUCGACAGUAACCAAGCGAGGAGAGUGAUUGAGUUACUUAUAGCUUUUGCCAGGCACCUGACAGGGCUAGCAUACACGACGGUCCGUCUGUGGACUGAGGACAAGAGGUGGACAAUAUUCUCUGGACAGACCCAAAUAGACGUCGCAUGGCCAUGCCAGUCUGCUGCAGGUGUCUUUAGGGGUCAAAGCUCACCUGUGGGUUAGAGAUGAACUCCGUGUCGCCUAGCUCCGCUCAGUAUGGCUCCGGAGGGGAGGAGUCUGGGGGAAGGCCGGCUAACUUUGGGCAGGUCGCUGACGGUAACCGUAGUAACGAAGGAGAGCCAGACGAGGUGGACCGGCUGAAGACCAAACUGAUGUCCGCCUGGAACAACGUCAAAUACGGCUGGUCAGUGAAGACUAAGACAUCCUUCAGUAAGAAAUCUCCUCUCUACCUGCUGGGUCACUCCUACCUGAUCAACAAUGAAGACGCGGUGGAGCGAUUCUCGUUGGCGUUUGUGUCGCGUGUGUGGUUGACCUACAGGAAGGACUUCCCCCCACUAGAUGGCGCUGGUCUCACAUCCGACUGCGGCUGGGGAUGCAUGCUGCGCAGCGGACAGAUGCUGUUAGCACAGGGGCUCAUCAUGCACCUAAUGCCAAUAGACUGGCAGUGGUCGGCCUCUCCUCCCCUGACUGAUGUGGACUUCGAGCUGUUCCGUCCGCGAUCCCCCUCCAAGACACUGGGAGGCGUUGUCUCGCUGCCCUCCCUCUCCUCCCUGCCCUCCCACUGGUCCUCUUCCUCCUCCUCCUCCUCCUCCUCCUCCUCUUCCUCUUCGUCAUCCUCCUCUGGGCCCCUGCCUGCGGGCCCCAAGCCUCGGCCACCUAGGACCCCAGAUGCCCCCGGCACUGACGCCCUGCACAGGAGUGUGGUGUCCUGGUUUGGGGACGAUCCGUCUGCACCGUUCGGCCUUCACCAGCUGGUGGCACUAGGGAGCAGCUCAGGCAGGCGAGCAGGGGACUGGUACGGACCAUCAGUGGUGGCACACAUCAUCAGGAAAGCGGUGUCCUCUGCCACUGAGGUGCAGAACCUGGCAGUGUACGUGGCCCAGGACUGCACAGUGUACAAGGAGGACGUGAUGCGUGUGUGUGAGAGUGAGUCCACUUGGAAGUCGGUCAUCAUUCUGGUGCCGGUGAGACUUGGAGGAGAGAACCUCAACCCUGCAUACAUCACCUGUGUUAAGAACAUAUUAAAGUUGGAGUGCUGCAUUGGCAUCAUCGGAGGGAAACCCAAACACUCGCUCUACUUCCUGGGCUUCCAAGAUGAGCAGCUGCUGUAUUUGGACCCGCACUACUGUCAGGCUGCCGUGGACGUCACACAGAGCAACUUCUCACUAGAGUCGUUCCACUGCUCUUCUCCCAGGAAGAUGAGUGUGUGUCGAAUGGAUCCCAGCUGCACCAUCGGCUUCUACGCCCGCAGCAAGAAGGACUUUGAAUCUCUCUGCUCAGCUGUCGAGGCGGCUCUCUCCUCAUCCAAGGAGAAGUAUCCCAUCUUCACCUUUGUGGACCGGGGCAGUCAGGAGUUUGGAUUGGAUGAGCCUCACGACGCCCCUCCUACUCACAUCCUCCCACCCAAUCCGAUGGCCCGGAGCAGAGUACAGGGUAGCACUGACGACUUCGUCUUGCUCUGAUUACGGCAUCUUACAAGGCACACACUGAACUGAAUUCACUACGGCAUACCAUGAUGGAUACACUGAACUGAGGGAACUACGGCAUCUCACAAGGGCCAUACUGAACCGAACUGACUACGGCAGUGGUUCUCAACCUUUUUUGUACAAAUGCCCCCUUGACCUCAUCAGAAGCCUUCCAACGCCCCCUUGACCUCAUCAGAAGCCUUCCAAUGACUACCUUAGUAUUCAAAAAUAUAAUAGACUAAUGCUCCCUCAAUGAGAACUAAGCACUAGCCCCGUCUCCGCUGUAUCUUUCUCAACGCCCCCUAGGGCUUCCCAUCGCCCCCAGAGGGGCUGUAGCACCCCCGUUGAGCAACACUAGACUACGGCAUGCCAUUAGUACAUUAAUACUGAACUUGAUUGAUUAUGGCAUCCUUGAAGGAACACACUUAACUGAGCUCACUAAGGCUUCUUUUGAGGGAGACAAUGAACUGAAUUGACUAUGGCAUCCCAUUAGGGCCAUACUGAACUGAAUUGACUACGGUAGGCAACUUGUAGGUCUUGAGUGACACACUGAAUUUAGCUGGAGUGCAUUUCUCGAAACCAUAGUUGCUAUAACUGCGUUAGCCGCUUUGUUGGUUGCAAUACAAUUUGCCAUUGGCACCUAACCCAAGUUGCUAACUGGUUAACAACUAGACUUUCGAGAAACACAACCGUGAAUUGCUGUAACUACGGAAUUUCAUGAGGGACAAACUGGACUGAGCUGAACUGACUACGGCAACACACAAGGGACAUGCUGAACUGAACAUUGAGGCCUUUUUGAACUCUGGUGAAGACUAACACACACACACACACACACACUAGGGCUGCUCGAUUAUGAGAAAAAUCAAUAUCACGAUUAUUUCAGUCAAUAUUGAUAUCACGAUAUUUUAGACGAUAUUUCUUUUAAAGACAAAUAAUUGUGCUAAACAAUUCACAAUCUUCCCUCCCUUCAGCAGUGUGAAUGGAGGGCCAUAGAGAAACACACAGUGGUGUUCUGCAUGAAUGUCGGGUAGCAAGCCUGUUCUGUGUUCGCAAUGGUUCAAUUGGACAGGAAUGUAUUGCGUUUAGUGUAACCUACCUUUUUGCAGUAUAUAGACAAAUGACAAAAAUAUUGUUUCAAAUCGAUAUUAUGAAAUUUGAUAUUGUUUGACAGCAAUAUUGAUAUCACGAUAUAAAUUCGAUAUAUUGCACAGCCCUAACACACACACACACACACGCACGCACACACCUGAUCCAUUUGAGCUCCUUAUUUAUAUACUCGUCUUAAACUGAGACUGUGGCAUUUGAUUUUACACAGCGCUGUGUGGCUUGAGCCAGUAACAGUACACACACACACACACCGCUAUAUGUGUGUGUGUGUGUGUGUGUGUGUGUGUGUGUGUGUGUGUGUGUGUGUGUGUGUGUGUGUGUGUGUGUGUGUAAGGAGCAUGCACACAUCUCGAUCUGGCUGCUCUGAUGUCUUACCAUUCUGCUGAAGAUUACUUGUUUUCUUUGUUUUUGUUUAUUUGUGUGUUUAUAUUGUUUGCAUUUGUAAAUAAUACACUGGAAUAUCCCCCCUGGCUGUGGAAGUCCCUUUUGAAAGAGAUUUAUUUGUGUGUGUGUGUGUGUGUGUGUGUGUGUGUGUGUGUACGACGUGCACACGUGUAUUCGUAUGCAUUCGAGCUUUGUUGCCAUGUGUGUGUGUGUGUGUGUGUGUGUGUGUGUGUGUGUGUGUGUGUGUGUGUGUGUGUGUGCAUUCGACGUGCACGCAUGUCUUUUUGAAGUGUGUAUUUAUUACCUGUGUGUGAUGUGUUGUGUAAUCUUCUGCUUUGCGUACAUGCUGAAUCGGCUGCUUGACAGCUCUGAGAGGUGAGAAUGCUGGAGUGACGUGUGCAUUUGUGAACAGGUGACGUACUGGGGAGAAAUGACGAGAACCUGUCUCAGUAGUAAACUUGGUGGUGAUAAAUAAGUAGUGAGAAAUCAUCUAAUAGAAGAGCCCAGAGUUCUCAUUUUCUCAACUAGAUGAUAUAUGUGGGCAAUCUGUUAGCUCGUUCACCACUUCAUGCAGAUUAUCUUAGUCAGGUUUAUCACUUAACAGUUACCCAUUUAAGCCCAAAGCAAAAGGCACCUGCAAAAAAAUGCCUGCUAAAUGCCGAAGCUCUUUUUAGGAAAAGGUGCCCUCUGCCUAUUGAAACCCAAAUAUCUUAUCCUCUGAAGCACAUAAAAACAUGAAAUAAGUUGCAUUUAAAAGCUAGGACCCUCAGCUUGCAUUAGAGUGUGUUCAUUCAGCUCUAACAUACCCACGUUUAAAAUUGUAAAAAAAAAAAAAAGCUCAAGAGCCUGGAUGAAGCGUAAAUGUCGCUCCAGGCGUGAAAGGUCAAACAUCGUAUAUGCAGCAUCAGGCUAAAAUGAGUUACAGUAGUGAUUAAUCAUGUAAUAUAUCUACUAAAUGGCACCUGUUGGAGUGCCUGUUAGCAAAUACCACUGGAGAUCAACGUUUAUGCCAGGUUUAUUACUUAACCAUGUUCUUGGGAUACCCCCUGUUGAUAUGCUGAUAAUGAUUGUUACCCUGUUGAUAUGCUGUUGAUUGUUACUAUGUGUCUGUAAAGGAGAUUUUGAGAUUGUUUUGUUAAGUUCAUUUCCAGCUUUGGGCUAUGAAGAGUUCAACUCUGAUGGGAAACAUAAAAAAAAACAAGAUACGUUGCUGGA